GCUAUAACGGCGUUAUAUGAAGAAUAAUCGCAUAAAGGUUGAUAGAGUCUAGCUCUAGCAUGGUACAGGAGCUGAGAGCCUUGUGCUUGAGAGUGUUAACACUCAACAUUGACGAGAGCACUCAGCUAGGGUUGCUGACCCAGCGUGACCUGACGGAGGUGUGCGCGGCUCUCAGCGUCGACCUGCCCCUACAGGUGGCACUGGCCUUGCCUCUAGAUGACCUGUACUGGCGGCGCAGGACGCAGGCACACUACCCUCCACCGCACCUCGCUCUUGCAGGUCGCCAGAAGGGCCUGCGGGGCAGAGUGGUGCGCGAAAGGGCCAUCACUCCUCUCACACCCAAAGGCUCUCCAGGAGGUGGAAGUGCCAGCAGUGGAAGGAGGAAACAGCAGAGUGCCUUGGCCACGCCCACCAAGACUGCCCGACACGCCCACUUAGUACCAAGUGUCACCGCAGUGAGGCAGGAGGGCAGCUGGAAGCAGGGGUACCUGGAAAGCCAUCUGGCGAAGGCGAUAAGCACUACCCAGGAUACCAAGAAAGGGUGGCGGGCGCUCUCCCAGCUGCUGCUGGUGUGUGGCAGCCAUGUCAACACCCUCGCUCUCUCAUCCCUCGCCCCGGCUUCACACAGCGGUGACGUCAGUGGGAUGGACCAAGGCACUUUGGAUCAUCUUAACCUCUCCGAAGUCAUCGCUGCCCUUCCUAACCUCCAGGUGCUGAGAGUCCGGUACCAGACAGUGGAGGAAGGCGGAGAGCUACGCUGGGCGGACUUGGGCGUGUCCUUGGAGGAGGCCGCCUCCCUGGCCUGCGCCGUCGCUGCCGCCCCAAGGAUCACCCAUCUCAGCGUGUACGAGAGCUGUGUGGACGACACACGGGCCGCGGCGCUUCUGGGGGGCCUUCAGGGUCACCCAAGUCUCGUCUACCUCGACCUUCGCCACAAUCAGCUCACCUGUGCUGUUGUCCCUCGCCUGGCUGUACUCCUCUCCUCCACACGUCUCGCCACACUGCACCUGCAACACAACAACAUAGGUGAGGCAGGUGGGAAACAGCUUGGGGCAGUGCUGGCCCAAGCACCUACCCUAGAGGCAUUGCUUCUCGAUCUCAACCCCUUGGGAGGAGAUGGAGGAGCAGCGGUGCUGGAAGGUGCUGCUCGAGGAGGGAGGCUGAAGGUGCUGUCUCUAGCAGGGUGUCGCCUCACUGACUCUUGCUGGCCACACGUGGCUCGUGCCAUUUCCCUCCCUCGCCUCCGGUACGUCUCGUUGGCUGCCAACCCUUUCACCCAGGCACCACCGGUGGAGGUGGUGAAAGCAGCAGGUGGGAGGAGCGGGGCUCGUGUCCUCCUAACUAACCUGGACGGGACCACGUACCUGCUGGGAAGGGUCUUGGGAGGUCGCCGUCUUCCACCUCCUCUUCAGACGCUUCAUGACCAGUUGGCAGCGCCUCUCACUCCGUUGGCAGCACAAGAGGAUCUGGCCCACUACCUGCCCAUCCAUGGUCUGCUAUUGCAUGCUCAAGACUUUAAGAUAGAAGAAGAGCUGAGGGGAAUGUGCCUCUUCACCAAAGACCCUAAGAAUAUUAUUUGAUAUUGGCAACUUCUGGUGUCAUAUCAUUAAAUGUUCUUUGAAAACUACAAAGAUGUUAAUAUGAAUUUUACAUGAUCACUAUGAAAUUGAACUUAAUAUACUUAAAUUAAGUAUAAGACCCUAAGAAUAUUAUUUUAUAUUGGCAACUUCUGGUGUCAUAUCAUUAAAUGUUCUUUGAAAACUACAAAGAUGUUAAAAUGAAUUUUACAUGAUCACUAAGAAAUAUACUUAAAUUAUGAAAAAAUGUGGCAAAGUAAGAUUAAAGGCUAAAGCAUAUAUAAUGCAAAUUACCAAA